CAAAGUAUUGAAAAACCUUCAUGAAGGGGAGUGUGGCAAUCACGCAGCAGGGCGAAGUCUGUCUAACAAAGCUCUUAGAUUCGGAUAUUACUGGCCAACCAUGAGAGAAGAUGCAACCAAUUUCACCCAAAGAUGCAAGCCUUGUCAGAUGCACGGACCAAUUCGUCAUCAGCCCUCCGAGUCAUUUCAUCCAGUUCUAUCACCAUGGCCCUUUAUGAAGUGGGGCAUGGAUAUUGUAGGAAAAUUGCCAGAAGCACCGGGGCAGAAAGUAUAUAUGCUAGCAAUGACGGAUUAUUUUUCAAAAUGGGUGGAGGCUGAGCCUUUUCGGCAGAUACGAGAUGACCAGGUACCCGCAAUCUAAUGGGCAGGCCGAGUCUAGCAACAAAAUUAUCAUUGCCAACUUAAAGAAAAGGCUUGAAAAGGCGCAAGGCCGGUGGGCUGACGAAUUGCCCUUGAUACUCUGGGCAUACAGGACAACUCCGAAAAAUGCAACCGGACAGACCCCAUUCUCUUUGGUGUAUGGCUGCGAAGCGGUCAUUCCUGCUGAAAUUGAAGUACCUUCUUCAAGGUAUGGACUCAUGACUGGGGAGUUGAACAAUGUGGAGUUGGC